CAGGCCUGUGUCUCUUCACAGCAACUGCAUGCCAGAAAUAUGGCUACGGACUGGCUCGGGAGCAUCGUGUCAAUUAAUUGUGGAGAAAGCUUGGGAGUCUACCAAGGACGAGUGUCUGCUGUGGAUCAGGUCAGCCAGACCAUUUCCCUGACGCGGCCCUUCCAUAACGGGGUCAAGUGCCUCGUGCCAGAAGUCACCUUCAGGGCAGGUGACAUUACUGAGCUGAAAAUCCUGGAGAUCCCAGGGCCAGGGGACAGCAGACAAUGUGGGGACCUGCAGCAGAUGGAAACGGGCAUCCCUGGUGUUGGAUGCCAAGUUGGUCCCAGUCAGAACGGCACUGGGAAAGUGUUAAAGAAGCCCAUCUCCAGCAGUGCCCCGCAGAAUAUCCCAAGGAGAACGGACAUGAAGAAUCAGGAUAUUAUCAUCUCUCCGCAGCAGCAGUGCUCCAAGAGCUACAUGGAUCGACACGUGGAAGCAUUGGCUCAAUCCAAAGGCUUUCGUCGUCGACACAAUUCCUGGUCGUCCAGCAGCCGUCACCCGAACCAAGUGACUCCGAAGAAGAGCGGCCUGAAAAACGGGCAAAUGAAGAGCAAAGACGACGAGUGCUUCGGGGAUGACAUUGACGAAAUCCCAGACACAGAUUUUGAUUUCGAGGGGAACCUGGCCCUUUUUGACAAGGCAGCUGUGUUCGAAGAGAUUGAGACUUACGAGAGGAGGAGCGGCACCCGUUCCCGGGGGACCCCAAAUGAGAAACCAGCUCGCUAUCGGCAUGACGAGAACAUCCUGGAGUCAGAGCCCAUCGUCUACAGAAGGAUUGUGGUACCCCAGAACGCUAACAAAGAAUUCUGCACGGACUCCGGGCUGGUCGUACCAUGCGUGUCUUACGAGCUUCACAAAAAGCUGCUCUCGGUGGCCGAGAAGCACGGGCUGACUCUGGAGCGGAGGCUGGAGAUGACGGGAGUGUGUGCGAGUCAGAUGGCCCUCAGCCUCCUCGGGGGACCCAACAGGCUGAACCCAAAGAAUGUGCAUCAGCGGCCCACGGUAGCUCUGCUGUGCGGCCCCCACGUGAAGGGGGCUCAGGGGAUCAGCUGCGGACGGCACCUCUCCAACCACGACGUCCACGUCAUCCUUUUCCUACCCAACUUCGUCAAGAUGCUGGAAUCCAUCACCAACGAGCUGAACCUUUUCAGCAAGACACAAGGCCAGCAGGUGUCCAGUGUCAAAGACCUCCCAGAUACCCCUGUUGACCUAGUGAUCAACUGCCUGGAUUGUCAUGAAAAUGCCUUUUUGAGAGACCAGCCUUGGUACAAAGCGGUUGUGGACUGGGCCAACCAGAACCGGGCACCCGUCCUCAGCAUAGACCCUCCGAUAAACGAAAUGGAGCAAGGUAUUGAUGCCAAGUGGUCGCUGGCCCUGGGCCUGCCCCUGCCCCUGGGCGAGAGGGCAGGGCGUGUGUACCUCUGUGACAUUGGCAUUCCCCAGAAGGUCUUUCAAGAAGUGGGAAUAAACUACCACUCGCCCUUCGGCUGCAAAUUCGUCAUCCCCCUGCACUCCACUUAGAGCCCAUCCAGCCACACGGCUCUGAAGGGAGAGAAGAGAGGAAGAGGAGGUCUGUCAAAGAAGCUGUCCAGUGGAUCCUGACUUGUAAACUCGUGACGCCUUAAGGAUGUGAAGUUCUGGAGAGUUUUCCUUCCAGAAGAAACAUUGUGUAUUUAAAAAAAAAAAAAAAAAAAAAAAGAAUAAUCAUAAAAUGAAACAAAAAAAAGGAGGAGGAAGCGAAUGUUCCUGCAAAGCUGUUUUCGUUUUCUCGUGCCAUUGUAUGAAGGAACACGCAGGAAGACGGUGUCCGUCCCUGGUGAAGGUGGCCGUUGUUGUCCAGGCCUGGCCAGGAGGCUGUUUAGUGAGGGGUGUACGCAGAGGUGGCACAAGUGAUGGGUGAUUUGGAGACCUGAGAUGUGUUUCUCAGUCCCUCUGGGUGGAUAGACCCAGCAAAGGUGCCCCGGUGGGAACAGCACUUCUCAAUUGUGUAGAAAUACUUUUUGUUGCAGGAGGGAGGAUUUGGGUUUGUUCUGUUGUUCGUUUUGACUCCUCUCUCUCUUCUUUCAUGUUCCUGAGGGCAGUUGUAGCUCGUUCUCCCUCCUGGGCCCUCCAGCUCCUCAAGGAGAGCAUUCCCUCUUUGGAAAGCUUGAGUCCAGAGCCAGAAGCUCCCAGGUUGCCCGUGCUCUGGGAACACUGAUGUCCUCAUCUAGGCCUUACUUACUUGUAUACUCCGUUGGCUUUUUGUUUGUU